UACAGUACUCCCUCCUUGGCGUUGGUUCUCCAACGCAAAUGUGAACAGGAUUGUUGAGUAACAAAACAAUACACAUUCUUUUUACGUAGUGGAUAUGAAUGUGUUUAGGUGAUUGAGUUAUGUACGGUUUUUUCAGGAACUUCGCAAAUUUGAUAUGGACAAAAAAAAGUAUUUCGACAGACGGCUCAGCUGCAGAUGAAAAAUGGAGGAUUACGUUUUAUCAGAUUUUCAUAAGCUUGGGCCCUCUCACCUUUUGCAUGGGCGUUGGAGGUAUGAUGGGAUUUUCCGGUAUAUUUCUUCCCCAACUAAAAGAAGAAAACAAAGAAACGAAUGAGCCGGAAAGUGAUAUUCCAUCUUGGAUAGCUUCUUCGGCCGUUCUAUCAAUGACGAUUGCUUCAGUGUUUGGUGGUUUCUUUAUGGAGAAGUAUGGCAGAAAACGUGCCCAUGUCAUACCAGCCAUCCCUGGUAUACUCGGGUGGUUGACAAUAGCUUUUUCCAACAGCAUUGCAACUAUUCUGGUAGGCAGGGUUUUAACAGGAAUUUCUUGUGGGUUAUUCGCCCCAAUAACAUCAUCCUACAUAGGAGAGAUCACAGCGCCAUCUAUAAGACCAUUUGUUUUAGGGUGUAUAACGCUUGCUUUGACUAUAGGGACGUUAUUGUGUCAUUUAGUCGGCACGUUUUACUCUUGGAAAAUGGCAGCCCUGUUAUGUCUGCUUUUUCCAACCAUAGGAGGCCUUUUGACGCUGUUCUCGGAAGAAACCCCCAACUGGUUAUUCAGGAAGAAUAGGGCCGAUGAGGCUUGUGCAGCUUUUGAAAGGAUCAGAGGGAAGUCGGAUGAAGCCAAGAGGGAGCUCGAAAUUAUACUGGAAAGACACAAGAAUGGUGUAGCGAAUCCGGGGAAAUCCCUGAAAGAUACCGCGAGGGAUGUAAUGAGUAAACCUGAGAUUUACAAACCUCUUCUAGUCGUUGUUUUAUAUUUUAUGUCUGCGCAAUUCGCAGGCAUUAACGUGGUAACUUUUUAUGCUAUAGACGUAGUAAAGUUAAGUUUGGGACCGAAUUUUCAAAAUUCUCAUUUGAUAAUGCUGGCCAUGGACUCUGUAAGAGCAGUUACCUCAAUAAUAGCUUGCAUACUUCUUAAGAAUCUCAAACGACGACAUCUUGUUAUAGGAGGCGGUUUAGGUUGUUUGAUAUGUCUUUUAACAUUGAGCGCGUCUAAUUUCCUAUCAGGCACUAUUAAAAAUCCAACAAUAUCGGUUUAUAUCCCUCUAAUUUCCCUUCUUGGUUACGUCUUUUUUAUAUCGAUCAGUCUAGUGCCUUUGCCGUGGUGUUUGGCUGGUGAGUUAUUACCUUUAGAAGUCAAAGGGUUAGCCUCCAGUAUCCUUUGUUUCACUUCCUUCAGUGCAUUUUUCAUUGCUAUAAAAUUUUCCCCGUUCUUGUUCAGUUUUUUGGGAUCCGGCUCAACCUACCUUAUUUUUAGUGUCUUUACUCUAUUUGGAACUGUUUUAUGUAUGAUUUUACUACCUGAAACCAAGAAUAAGACUCUCAAUGAAAUAGCAGACACAUAUAGAAAUAAAUGAUGUAGUUUAUUCAA